AGAGACGGAUAGGAUGGGAUGUGCGUUGUUUGGCGCCCUGCUUUUUUUCCCGCCUGUUUCCCUUGGUUCCCUUGUUUCCCUUGUUUCCCUUGUUUCCCGUUUUCCUACCCAAACGCAACCCGUUGGAUGUUGUAUGUACGGGCUGCAAAAAAAGUGUAUAUUUGGGUACCUCUAUAUAAAAACUAAGGCUUUCAAGGUCCAUGCAGGGCAAGAGUUUCCCGUCCCCAAUCCUUACUUCACCUCCCUCUUCCGGCGCCGAGAACCCAAUCCAACCUUUCAUUUCUUCCCAUCGCGAUAACCAUAACCAUCAUACCUGCGUCGUUGACCACCUUUGUCAAGAGACGCAAGUACAUACUCUCAGACGGGGGCACGAGACAUACAUAUAUUCGCAUAACCCAGAGCAACUUGUCCUUCGCCAGCGAACCCCAGGGCCCUCGUAUUCUAGCUCUCAUCCACCACCACCACUGUGAGACUCAACCACACACACACACACAAAGACACGCAAUCAUACCACUUCUCUGUGCAAAGAUCCCGCACCCUCUUUCCUCGACUUCCAACACAAUCUCUCUUCAAGCAAGACACGACAACUUGUCAUACACGACAGCCAAAUCACCACACAAUGACUGCCGAAACCAAGUUCCCUUUGGUCGACACCUGCUGCCCGGCCUGCUGCCGUGCCUGUGACCUCAACUCUCACGACUACUGCCUGCCAUGUGCCACCAGCCCAUACUGCUCAAGUACCGUGGAGGAGGUCGACCAUAAGAAGCCAUCCAAUGGCCAGGAUAAAGGCAACGGUCCCAAGAAGGGCACCAAGAAGUGAGAUGCCGUGGAACGUGUAAGAGGGCUGUAGCAGUGUAGAGAGACGAACAAGCUCUGGGGGGUAUUCACAGCUCAUGCCAUGUCACGAAUAAGAGGCAAAUCAAAGGAUGGAUUAAA